AUGCAACAAGCCGCCAUUGUGCAGGUGCGUUUGGCUGCGCGUGCAGCCACUCGGCACGCACGGAAUGGCUCGGCGAUACGAGCGCAGCAACAGCUGCUAGCAUCAUGUCCUGCCACUGCAAGCGCAUCAUCGUCCGCCGGCCGCUUCAGGACGAGCAGCGAUAGAACCGGGACUUGCAGCGUCGGAAGACGAGCGAUGAGUACUUUUUCUCGAUCAGCUUUAUUCUUCUAAGCGGGUGAAGUAAAAUUGUAAUUGUUUUUUUUACCAUUACCCCUUUCAUUCUACCCGAGCGACGUCGUGGUUCCGAAAUUUAAAUUUUAGUACUCCUUCCAUUGUGUAUGCGACGGGCUAAACAUCGAAAGAAAUCAAUUGCACAACCACCUGAACAAAACCCAACCUCAGGUUCCAGCGCACAAUUACCGAAGAAAGACAUUCCGAGCUUCAGCCCGCCGGCGGGGGAUGAACAGGACCCCUCGAAAAUCGGGAAAACGGAGUGUUUUCAGAUGACGCCACCGCAGCUCGCGGCUGAGCUGGACAAGUACAUCAUCGGGCAGGCAGACGCGAAGCGCGCCAUGGCGUCCGCUAUCCGUUUUCGCUGGCGCAGGAAACAACUAGACGAAAAGAAGCGGGAGGACUGCACACCGCGAAACAUCCUGAUGAUUGGCCCGACCGGGUGUGGUAAAACGGAGAUCGCCCGCCGACUCGCGAAAAUCAUCGACGCACCCUUCGUCGUUGCGGAAGCAACAAAAUUCACGGAAGUUGGUACUGCUACUGAUCGAAUUCGAAAUAAUCCUUUUCUACUAUGACUACUAGAGUACUCAUGGUCGUGUUUGUGUAUGGGUGGUACCGGCGGUGCAGGAAAUCGAUGUGUUGACCGUCAAGUUCUGUUCCAACAAGCAAGUUGUAGCGAAACGACCAUCACGAUCACGAUCGAGUGCUGCACACUUGCAUCUUCGUGGUUGCAGAAAAUAGAAGAGCAACAGAUUGAUAGGAAACGUCACAAAGCAAGGGCUAGGGAUGUUCCUUAUACAACUUUUUAUCUUUCAAACUCAAUACACAGUGCCCGGAUUUCUAUUCAAAAGCAUCUCCCACAAAGGUUUUCACGGGCGCGACAUCGAGAGCGUGAUGCGAGAUUUGAUGGAAGCGGGGAUAAAAAUGCAGCAGAAAAAACUUGAAGCCGAGUACACGCCCGUCGCCACGGAGGUGGUCGAGGAAAAGCUGCUCGAAGCUCUGCUGGGCGAACUCAGUCAGGACGCCGACAAGUUAACCUGGCUCGGGCAUUUUCGAAAAGGGUAUUUAGUUUUAGUAGAUAUCAGUACGCUGGUUUAUUUUGGAGGACAUCCUUAUAGUUCAUCUUCAUUCUCGCACAGUUUGCUAUUGCUAACGCUAGGUUAAGUAAUGAAAUUCUACUUCUUGAGGAGGAGCUUUGUCUGUGGAUUUGCAACACUAGAGCAACUCGUACAACUUACUGUAAGUUUUUUUCUUCGCUGACGAAAACGAUACAAAACCAAAACCCAGUUGGCUCGACGACCGCACGGUGUACGUGGAUAUUCCGAUUACGCCCCCGCCUUCCCAGGCGGGCCCAGCCGGCGCGGGCCCGGGCGGGUUUCCGGAUAUCCACGACUUAUACCGCAGCAGCCCCUAUGGAUUGCAAAAAUGUCUGGGUCUGGAAGGAUGCAACUUGUGAUGCUACUUUUGGAAUUUACAUAAAAUCUGUAUUGCAUGAACAGCAAAAGACAGAGGUGUAAUUUGUGCUACGCGGAGAGGGCGUUUCUCAUGCGGUAUGAGCAUCAGAAAGCCCUCGCAAAAUCUCUGAUGUUAUUUUUAUGCUUAUGUUUUUAUGCCUUUUCCCUCCCCCUUUUUUCUGAUUUUUACUUCUCUUUACAUUGUGGUUUUGCUUAUUAUUAUGAUUAUUUUUAUCAGUUUACGUAGGGCAUGAUGCCAAAAGGGACGAACAGCCCGUAGACCUCCGAUCUGAUGCUAGGUCAUGCAUCACAGACCUCAUGGGUCACGCAAAAUCUGCAUGACAAACUCCUGCAUUCUUCCAGACCCAGACACUUUUGCAUUUGAUAGCCCCGAAGACCGGGAACUGAACCGACUGCAACUGAACCUGAACCGGGGCGUAUCAAAGGGAAAAAUGCCCCCCACCCCUGAAAUUGCAACAAUUUGUGAUGCGAAGUUCCCAAAUGAAAGCUUUUUGUCAUGCAUCAAAGGAGUAAGAAUCUUUCUGAUGCAGAUUCUAGUCGUGUUUCGCAUCGCUUGCAUGACAAGCACCGCUCUUGCUGGGAUCUUUUGCAAUACAAAUUUUUGCUAUUCACGAUCGGAAAUCUGUGAUGCUGAUACACGCAAGAGGGCGAAUGUUUCAUUUGGAAAGAUUUGCAAUACAAAUGCUUUCAAGUUCGGGGGUGGGGGCAUUUUUCAUUGUAAUAGGGCGGCGCGGUGCGCACGGAGAAAAGGAAGCUCACCAUCCGAGAGGCCAGAAAAAAACUCAUACGCGCCGAGCUGGACGCGCGGAUCACGCAGGAAGAGGUACAUACUACUGCGAUGAUUCACAGUGAGUGGUGCUGUUGGGGAAUGAUAUCUUGAAAACCUUCUAAAAGAGCAUUGUGCUUGAAAUUCGUCUUGGAAACAACAAAGCAGAAAAAUGUAAAUGAAUGAAUGUGGAUAUCAAAAAUCUUAUCUAGAAAAAAUGCAACAGCUGGUCCAGCGCGCAUUGAAGUCGGUGGAAGACGAGGGCAUCGUUUUCCUGGACGAGAUCGACAAAAUCGUGAGUCCCAAGGGCUCCUACGGUCCAGACGCCUCCUCCGAGGGGGUGCAGCGGGAUCUGCUCCCCAUCAUCUAUGAAAUGCAAAAGCAUCGUACUAGUAGUAAUUGCAAUACAAAUUUGCGCAGCAUGACAAAUGGAAUUUGUCAUGCUGAUUUGCCUUGCGAACCAGAUUUGUGAUGCAUAAAAGCAAUUACUACGAGUACGAUGCUUUUGCACAGGAUAUCAUCGAAGGCACCACGAUCAACACAAAGUACCAAUUAUCGCAAUCAUGCAUUACAAAUCCUAUUGUUCUGAUAAAACCGCAUUACAAAUUCCAUUUCUCAUUCUGAGCAAAUUUGUGAUGCAGUUGAGUUUAUACAAAUGCGAUUAUAGGCUUAGGCAUAGCAUACGCAUAGCAGUCGUCGAGGAAUUUACUCGAACCCACACAAUAAAACAAGGUAUGGCAACAUCAAGAGCAACCACGUCUUGUUUGUCUGCGCCGGGAGUUUCCACGCCGUCCGCCCGUCGGACAUGCUCGCGGAAUUGCAGGGCCGAUUGCCCGUGAAGAUGAAACUGCAUCCGCUUACGGAGGGCGAUUUCUACCGGAUUUUGACCGAGACCGAGUUCGGCAUCGUCGAUCAGAACAAGGCGCUUUUGGGCACAGAGGGCGUGGAUGUCAAGUACAGUAAUUUUACAAAUUCUGUUGUGGGUUGUUGCUAUUCCUAUUGCUGUGCUUACUCCCUCCACGAGGACUCUGACGUGGAAGAAAGCAAGCUAAAAUCAGAAUGAAGACAGGAGCUGCAAGUAGUGUGACUGCACCUUCACAUCAAUUGAAACCAAAUUUACUUUUACUAUACUUAAUCUGAUCCCUAUCAGUUGGACCGAGAGCGGGAUGCGGGAGGUGGCAAGACUGGCAACGGAGAUGAAUACUUACAUCGAGAAUACGGGCGCCCGAAGGCUGCACACCAUUGUGGAGCAGGUGACGGACGAGCUCUCUUUUCGGGCGGCGGAAUAUGCGGGCACCAGCGUCGACAUUGACGCAGAGUUCGUGCGCGACAAAACCCAGAGCAUCGAAAUUGACAAGACCCACCGGGGCCUGUUGUAA